AUGGUGUUUUCCAAGUUCAAGGCGAACAUCGUCGACGAGCACAACGGCUCCGGCCUCAUCCUGAAGCGCACGCGGGUGGUAUCUGCCAGAGGUGGUGCCCUGCGAACGGCGUCGCCUGAGGCCCCGCGCUAUCUCGACCACCACGCGGCGCCGCCGGCAGCGGUGCGGACCCAGUCGCAGCAGCUAUACUCCCAGCCUCACCACCACCACCCUCCAGGUCUGUGGAUCGACCCCAGGGCCCUGGCCCAGCGCAGCACCCCUCCCAGGGCCCUGGCCCAGCGCAGCACCCCUCCCAGCUCGCUGGCGGCGCUGCUGGUGUUCUCCAACCCAGCACCGGCAAGACGGCCGCUGGUGACCUACCGCCACCUGGCGCCGUCGGUGAAGGUGGCGCUGUCGGAACUGUCGCUGCCAGUGUCGGAACACCUGGCGGAGGCGAUCUUCGACCUGGCGCCGCCGCGGAAGUCGCUCCUCAAGCGUCUCAACUCCCAGAAACAGCGCAAACCUAAAGCCCCACGCACCGCGAUGGAGUGGGCAGGACUCCCUCCGAGAGAGACCCUCCCGCCGCGGGUGGUGUCGCUGAUGGGCGACGACGACGACGACUUGCCAUUGUGUGGUCCCUGGACCGGGCGUUAG